GGAAGUGAGCUCAGCGCCGCGGGACCGAAAUGAAGCCGGCUGUGGAUGAGAUGUUUCCUGAGGGCGCCGGGCCCUACGUGGACCUGGACGAGGCUGGAGGCAGCACCGGGCUCUUGAUGGACUUGGCAGCCAAUGAAAAGGCAGUGCACGCAGACUUUUUCAAUGAUUUUGAAGAUCUCUUUGAUGAUGAUGAUGUCCAGUGAGACCGUCCAGCUGUACCGUGGCCACGCCUUUGUGACACAGGAUGUGCUGAACUGCUCAGGAGGGUCAGAUGAUUUUAGAGACUUUGUGGCAAUCAUUAGAAAUUAGGACCUGGUUAGCUGAGAGCAGAGGAUUGUCUGAAUCACCUGAAUGUGCUGGUCGGUCACCUCUGAUAGGACCAGCCUGUGUCCUUGUUUCAAUUAAAAAAAAGAGCAGCACCAACACAUGCAGGGUAAUUCUGAUUCUUGCACUUCUGGGUGAAUGUUGCAAUCCCUGAAAGUCUGUGUGUGCAUGCAUGUGCACAUGCGUCAGCAUGCUGAGAACCACAUCCAUCAGCAUAGUAAACACAUACCGUGUUGAUAAGCAGUUCAGGGUGACUGGUGGUAAGUUGUGUGUGGGUUAGCAGACAGCGCAAGUCAUGCACAGGCACCUGUCACAGCCCGAUGGUCUGGUCCUUUCCCCUAUGUGGGCAAAGUUUCACUGCCCCCCAUUGUGGGCCUCGAGUUUUUUGCCAGCCUCCUUAUCAGAGCAGCUGCUGUCACAGACCCAAGGCCUAAAGACUAAGAUGAAUGGAUGGUGACUUUGAAAGAGAUGCCUUCUCCAUGAGAAAUGUGCGUGUUGGCCAUCUCAAAGGACAAAAAUAGCAUCUGUAGGAAAAAAAAUUAUUUUUUAAAAUUUCUUACUAGCCCAGUCAGCAAUUGAUAAUGCCUAUGAAAAAUUAGGAUUACUAUUUCAUAUCAAGGUGAAGACUGUUCCUUAGAGUAUGAGCUGCCCAUGCCUUGGUCCUUAUUGGUAAACAAGGGAUUUUGGUCUCUGGGAUGCCUUCAAAUCUUCAAUCUUAUGCAGGAAGGAAUGGUCCAAGAUUAAGAAAAGAAAGCCAUUGUGCAGUAACUCAGCCUGGUGAGGGUCUGGCAUGUCUCCAGACAGAAGCUACAAACGUGAGUGCUGUCUGUUGUCCUUAGAAUUUCAGACUAGUCCUGUCCUAAGAUGCCUCAGGAAUAGAGAUGUGCACAGCCAUGUGGAUGUGUGCAUGUGUCUGCCUCCUGCACAUUUGCGCCCACGCAUGCUCUAUGAUGCCUCCCUUUGCCUUCAUAGAGGCCUUGCAGUUCCUUCAGUACCAUGAGGCCAGAACACAAUUUCCACCUUUUUGUUUCCUCACCUUUGGAUUUUAAGGAAGGGAUGCCACCAGGUGAAAAUAACUUUAGCUGGAUGUCCUGUCUGGUUACUCAUGCUUUCUCUCCAGUCUCCCACCUUCAGGGGAACAUGUCAGGUCCCAUGCCCACCAGUCAACAGCAACCAUGCUUGGGCUGUGCAAGUUGGCCACUCCCAUCUAUCCUCUGGGUGGAAGAGCCUUUUCCCACAGGGCAGCAGAUGACUUUACACAGUGACAGUGAUGGUUUUAUUUGGAGAAUAUUUUCUGCUAACAUUAAGUGUUUUAGAGGGUUCUUGUUAAGCUCCUGAUGCUUAGAUGUGAGCAUAUAAUGAAACAGUCCUUUCUAAGUGGUGUGAUGCCAGCCACGUGGGUGGUAUGGAGUUUCCCUUUGAAGUCUUUGAGUUUUGGGGGGUGGUGUAUAUGGAGAAUAAAAAUGGUUUUGUUGGUUAAAUCUUUGUUGUCAAGGAUUUGUGAAGGAAGUGCUUCCUUUCCCUGCCCUCAGGCUCCUGCUCUUUCCUGGGUCUGGUGAAAAUGCCCGGCUUCUCCCCUGCUGUAUUGCACCGGGCUUUGUACCGUCAUUUGCGCAAAAAGACAUUUGUGCUUUUACCAGGGCUCAGGAAGCCUCUAGGGAGUGGAGAUGAGCCUCCGAAUUCCUGGGCAGAGAGGCUGAACCAGUGUACUUCUAAAACAAGCAUGUUUUUAGAAAAGGAACAUUAUUGAUGUUAGAACUUACAUUGCUGUGCUUACUGCUUAGAGCCAAGAUGAGAAAGUACUGAGAAAGCAUGCUCUAGUAAAAAGCCUCUUUGUCCCU